UCCGUCUCCAAUGGCGGGUUUCAGUUCUCUAAUACCUAAAACGUCUCUGAAACGCGCCGUUAACCUAUCGGCGCCGUUAUCUACUAUUCCCGCCGCACGAAAUCUCUUUCCCGGAGGAGGACGACGUAAUGUAGGUGAGCGAGCUAGUAAUCUUCACAAAGCAAUUCGUAAUGCUGGGACGCUUACUCGUCCAUUUCAUCGUCUUCUCGGGGCCAACCAAACAAACAAGCCCGCUUUUUUAAGGGUCCAAUCGAUGAGCUAUCAGUUUGUGGCUGAUUCACAUUCCCCUCGUAGACCUUCUCUGGAAACUGAGGAUGAUGUGCAAGAUGGUGUGCAUUCAUCGAAGAAGGAAAACGCUGAAACGCCUAGGAAGCAUCAAAUGGGAGAGAACAUACCCAAGAAGGAUAAAAUAAAGUUUCUUGUCAACACUCUUCUUGAUAUAGAAGAUAACAAAGAAGCGGUUUAUGGAGCUCUAGAUGCUUGGGUUGCUUGGGAACGCAAUUUCCCCAUUGCUUCUCUCAAAAGAGUCAUAGCUAUUCUUGAAAAAGAACAUCAAUGGCAUCGUAUGGUUCAGGUAAUAAAGUGGAUCCUUAGUAAGGGACAAGGGACCACGAUGGGGACAUAUGGACAGUUGAUAAGAGCGUUAGAUAUGGAUCGUAGAGCAGAAGAGGCGCACGCUAUCUGGCGUAAGAAAAUCGGGCAUGAUCUUCACUCUGUGCCUUGGCAGCUAUGCUUACAGAUGACCCGCAUUUAUUUCCGGAACAACAUGUUACAAGAACUUGUUAAGUUGUUUAGGGAUCUGGAGAGGUAUGACCGUAAGCCUCCGGAUAAACACAUUGUGCAGAUAGUGGCGGAUGCUUACGAGCUUUUAGGAAUGGUCGAGGAGAAGGAAAGGGUUUUGGAGAAGUAUAGCAGUCUUUUUCUCGGUGCAACAUCUGAUGAACAAUCGAGAAGAUCUUCAAGGAAGAAGAAGAAACCAGCAGUGAUGAAUCAUGAAGCAAAAGCAGAAGACGCAGUAGAUGCAUCAAAAGCUGAGUUAGACCAAGAAUCAGAAGGCUGUCACUGAGAACCGUCCUGAACAUGGAGCGUAAGUUGUUUACUCUUCCGACUUUGUUUGGUUAUUUUGUACGGUGCAAUUCCAUGUAAGAUUAGAUGUGGUUUUCCACUUUGAUUUGAAAAGUGCAAGAGUGAAAACAGAAAACACACAAAUCCAUAUAUCAAAAGAACACAAGGUUCAUACUA